AUGGCGCCAAAGGAGAAAGUGUGUCUGAUCGUGCACGAUGGCUGGGGUGUUGCUGUGGAGCCUGGGCUUGAGGGCAACGCCAUCGAGGCGGGGACGACGCAGAAUAUGGACAGUAUUGGGAAGGAGCACGGUAGUGAGCGCAAGCUCGCUGCCCAUGGCACCGCGGUCGGGCUGAGUGACGGGCUUAUGGGCAACUCAGAGGUCGGCCAUCUUAAUAUUGGUGCGGGGAGAAUCGUCUGGCAGGACAUUGUUCGCAUCGACGUCGCAAUCAAGAAACGCGAGUUCCACAAGAACAAGACCAUACUCGAAAGCUUCAAGCACGCGAAAGAGGGUAAUGGGCGACUGCAUUUCCUGGGUCUAAUCUCAGAUGGUGGAGUGCAUUCACACAAUACCCACCUCUAUGCGCUGCUUGAGACGGCCAAAGAGCAAGGAGUCCCCAAUUCUUAUGUCCACUUUAUCGGCGAUGGACGCGACACGGCCCCCGAAUCAGCUGCGGGCUACUGCCAGGAGCUGCUCGACUUUAUGGGAAAAGAGAAGUACGGCCAACUCGCGACGAUUGUGGGGAGGUACUACGCCAUGGACCGCGACAAACGCUGGGAUCGUGUUAAGAUUGCGCUUGACGGGCUUAUUGGGGGCGAGGGGGAGAAAAACGAGGACCCAAUCGCUGCAAUCAAGAAGAGUUACGAGGUCAAGGUCACCGACGAGUUCUUCAAGCCCAUUAUUGUCAAUGGCGACGAAGGAAGGAUCAAGGAAAACGACACGAUAUUCCUCUUUAACUACCGUUCUGACCGCAUGCGGGAGAUCGCUAGCGUGCUUGGCCUACCUGAAAAGCCGAUGGAGGUCACUGUUCCAUCCGGGCUGCAUAUCACCACGAUGUCGCGGUACAACAGCGAAUUCCCGUUCCCUGUGGCGUUCCCGCCUCAGGUCAUGACCAACGUGCUCGCAGAGUGGAUUGCCUCCAAAGGUCUGAAACAAGCGCACAUUGCUGAGACGGAGAAAUAUGCGCACGUAACGUUCUUCUUCAACGGCGGAAUCGAGAAGCAAUUCGAGAAAGAAGAGCGCCACAUGAUCGCCUCCCCCCAAGUCGCGGAAAAGGUCGCCGAGGUUGUCGAAAGCGGAGAGAACGACUUCGUCAUGUGCAAUUUCGCGCCGCCGGACAUGGUCGGCCACACAGGUGUCUACGACGCGGCUGUCAAAGCUAUCUCUGCGACUGAUAUCGCCGUGGGGACCGUCUUCGCCGCCUGCCAGAAAGCGGGGUAUGUUCUGCUCGUCACCGCUGAUCACGGCAACGCCGAGCAGAUGCGGAACGCGGAGACUGGGGCGCCGCAUACGGCGCAUACGUGUAACCCGGUGCCCUUCAUUCUGGCGCUACCGGAGGGGAGUAAAGGGAAGUAUGCGUUGGCGGAAGACAAGCCCAAGAAGGACGGGGAGGAGUAUGAGCCUGGGGCGUUAUGCGAUGUCGCCCCAACAGUACUCGAUCUCAUGGGCCUCGAUAAACCAGAAGAGAUGACCGGUCGUUCUCUGCUUGUCAGAAACUAA